UAGAAUACUUUUUAUUUCUAUUUUAAAAUAAAAUCUACUUCAAUUCUUCCAUGAUUUUAUUUUAUUUGAUUUAUUAUCACAUUAUUUAUUAAGUUCCCUUUUUAUCCCGGUAAUUCAAACCGGAAGCCCGCGAAGGAUCAUUUAGUUUCUUGGGGGAAGGCUGACUGAACAGAAAGUAGAUCUGCGAAAGUAAUAGAAUAAGUAAUAAUAAAACAAGAAAAAUGACAUAAACACGGCUAUUGUGUUUUAAAAAAACCUCCAUUAAGGUUUAGAGACGCUUUGGAGACCGAAGGAGAGGAGCAACUUCUGGGGAGGAAAAGAGAGAAGCCGCUCACCACAUGACCCAAGGUGGGAGACUGAUGCUGAGCCUGAUGACGCAACUUCACCCCGGACCCCAGGAGGUCCCACCACCUCCAAGAAUGGGAAACCCAUCACCAGAGAAUCUCGGGACAUGAAGACAUCCAAAACAGUGGAAGCAUGUUUCAAAGGAAUGAGCCCAAUCUCUCGGGAUAGGAUAGCCAUGUUUUAUCUCCAUGACAACUAUGUCACUCAGCCUUCUCCGCAGUGACCCCCGCGCCGCAAACGAUGCUGGGAAAUAACGAGCACUUUUAUCCCGGUCAGGAUGAAAAAGAUGGGGAGGAUGAGGAGGAGGAGGAUGAGGAGCAGGGCAGAGGGAGCGGCAAAGGGGAAGGUGGACGUGGCAUCGAGAAUGGAGGGUUAGACGGUCCGGCGGAGGAGGAGAUGACGGGUGGGAGACAGUCCUGGGAAGGCAAAGUUGGCGACGUCGCCAAACCGGCGGCCAUCGUGGUGGGCAGGCAGAGAGCGGAUCGGCCCGCCAGGUCCGGCAACCGGGGGGUCACUUACGCGUCCAAUCAAGCCACCCUGUAUCAUCAAACGGCCAAUAAAACGCAGCAUCACGGCACGGUGGCCAAUCAGCAUCACGCGGGCUUGAAUGCGACUCAUAAGAGGAGAGCUCUGAUGAUGGAGCGCAGCAUGACCACCAUGACGCCCAUGGAGGAGACCUUCCUCACCAUGAUGGUCUUCCGGAUCGGGAUUCCUGACAUCAAACAAACAAGGUGUGUCCAGUUUGACCAGGACUGCACGGUGUGGAACGCCAAGCAGCAGAUCAUCUGCUCCCUCACCGAGACCUUGUGGGACGUCUACAACUACGGCCUCUUCCAGCCGGCGGGGGAAGGCCGGGACGCCAAAUUCUUGGAAGAGGAGAGGACAUUGCGGGAAUACUCUCAUUCUUUUGAGAAAGGGGUGCCUUACCUGGAGUUCAGAUACAAAACCAGAGUGUAUAAGCAGACAAAUCUGGAUGAAAAGGCCCUUUCCAAGCUGUGCACAAAGGCCAGUCUGAAGAAGUUUAUGGAUUACGUUCAUGCUGUAGCGCUGGAGAAAAUGCUAAAAGUGCUGGACAAAGGUCUCGAUCCAAAUUUUCACGACCUGGAAAGUGGAGAGACCCCCCUGACUGUGGCCGCGCAGAUGAGCCUGCCGGUGGAGGGCAUCAGGGCUCUGGUUCAGGGCGGAGCUCAUUUGGACUUCAGGAGCAGAGAUGGCCUGACUGCAGUGCACAAAGCAGUCAGGGUUCACAAUCAUACCGGGCUGCUGGCUCUCUUAUCAUUGGGAAGCUCGCCAAACUACAAAGACCGAAGUGGCCUGACCCCGCUGUACCACACCGUCCUGACAGGGGGCGACACCUCCUGCUGCGAGACUCUGCUUUAUUACCGGGCCAAGCUGGGGACCAGAGAUGAGAACAGCUGGGAUGAAUCCCAUCAGCACAGGGAUGAAGAAGAGUUUGGAAUGGAAGAAAUACAUAAGGCUUGCCAGAACGGAUUUGCCCAACACUUGGAGCAUCUUUUGUUCUACGGGGCCGAUGCCUCCUCUCAGAAUGCUUCAGGGAAUACCCCACUUCAUAUUUCUGCCCUGUACAACAAAGAAAGCUGCGUCCGUGUUCUUUUGUACAGGGGAGCAAAUAGGGAGGCAAAGAACAAACACGGUCAGACUCCCUUUCAGCUGGCCAUAAUGUCUGGUCAUUUUGAACUUGGAGAAAUCAUCAAAAACCACAAAGAUUCAGAUAUAGUACCUUUUUUGGAGUCUCCAAAAUAUGUCCCCAAGCGAAAAGAGAGUGCCCAUACGCUGCCUCUGCCCUCACUCCAGUCCCACCCCUUACUGCGCGCCAACAGCGACAACACCAUGACCCACUCUGAUCCUGUGGUUAUUCCCAACAAGGCUGCAACGACUCCCACCCCGGCUCAGGGCCACCGCAGGGGGUCCGUUGGCUUGCGAAGCUCCAGCAGCCCCAGAAAUCGCACCCGUUCACCAUCACGGGGGCGAGGAGGCCAGAGUGACACCGAGGAGCGGCACCGACAGCCACGAGGCAGGCAGGGGGUUACGCCCGCAGGCAGCGGCGGAGGUCAAAUGAAGCGAAUGUACAGCGCAGUGCCAGGGCGAGUAUACGUGGCCACUCGGGCGCACUCUGCUAGUGGAGAGAGACAGCUGUCACUCAACAAAGGGGAUAGAGUUAAAGUGUUAAGCGUCGGCGAGGGAGGAUACUGGGAAGGAACGGCGAAAGGUCGCACUGGGUGGUUCCCCUCAGACUGUGUGGAGGAAGUGGCACCUGUCAACAAGGACAAUCGACCAGAGACACGCAGUGGGAAAUCCAAGAGGAAGCUUUUCCGUAACGUCACGGUCGGCGCCUACGACAGCACCGAUGGUCCCAGUGACUACAUCAUUAAGGAGAAGACAGCACUCCUGCAGAAGAAAGACAAUGAGGGAUUUGGCUUUGUACUUAGGGGAGCCAAAGCUCAGACUCCCAUAGAGGAAUUCACUCCGACGCCAGCGUUUCCAGCGCUGCAGUACCUGGAAUCUGUCGAUGAGGGGGGUGUGGCGUGGAGGGCCGGCCUGAGGAUGGGGGACUUCCUCAUCGAGGUGAACGGCCAGAAUGUGGUCAAGGUAGGACACCGGCAAGUGGUCAAUAUGAUCCGACAGGGUGGCAACAGUCUAAUGGUGAAAGUUGUCAUGGUUGCUCGAAACCCCGAACUGGAGGACACUGCUCGAAAGAAAGCCCCGCAGCAGACGAAAAGACUGACUCCUCCCGCCAUUGCCCUGCGGUCCAAAUCAAUGACAUCAGAGCUGGAAGACAUGGUGGACAAAGCUGCCUCUCCAUGGAAAAAGAAAGCAGACUAUGAUUCCUCUCAGGGUCCUGAUAAGAAGAGGACAGUCUAUCAGAUGGCACUGAAUAAACUGGAUGAAAUCUUGGCUGCUGCCCAGCACACAAUUACAUCAGACAGCCAAGGCCAAAGAGGUCACGGAGCCAAGAGGGACCGGAGCAAGAGUAUUGUACCCAAUGUCUCCAACGAGCAAACAUACGAGCUGCAAUCUACAGUAAAUCCCAGACCCGGUUUUACCUACAACCAAGCUCACUUCCAACCGGCCCAACAUGCCGUUAUGAUGCGUCAAAAGUCCAUUGGUAUAACUGAAGAGGAGAGGCAGUACCUCCAUCCACCAGCUAUGAAGUUGGCUCGUAGCCUGUCAGUGCCAGGACCGGAAGAAAUCCCCCCACCACCAAACACAUCAGCACCUGAGCCACCAUUAUCUGCAGGCCCUCAUCUUGGGAGAGGGCCCGCAAUGCCCAUACCCCCAGUAUCUCAAGACCACUUCCAGCUCCAGUCGCAGUUAGGUCAUCCUAAUCAAUCAGGCUGGGAAAGAGGAGGCGGGGUGAACCAGCAGAUUAUGGUCUCCACUCUCCGCAGACAAUCAGAAGGACUGUGCGCCAGGGAGCAGGACGCACCUAGGCGAGGCGGUGGCAAGAUGGGAGGGUUGAGAAGGGGCUACAGCAGCGCUACACCACCAACAAGCGCUAAGCCUAAAACGCAGCAAAAUGCGCCACAUCAUUCGCAGGUAGCCACUCGGGAGCAAAGUGGAGGGACUGGCAGGGGGGGAGCCCGGAGGGGAGGUCGCGGCGCUCUGACUAAACAGUCUAAAGUUGACGAUGGACUGCGACAACAUCGUGGUAAAGGUGGCGCAACCAAAGAGAAGACCUCAAUCCCUAUCCCAACCAUCAUCAUCAAAGCGCCCUCCACCAGCAGCAGUGGCCGAAGCAGCCAGGGUAGUAGCAUGGAGGCCGAAGUCCCACAGGAUGCAGAGGAACACAACUCUGCUCAACCAUCUCUGGAAAGCCCCAACUCCACUCUACCUUCACCUCUCACGUCAACGCCUCCCCAUCUCCCGACAUCUACAUCCUUGCCCCAAUCAACUGCCGCUCCUCUGGUUUCUAUGAAGCAAAAUGUGGAAAAUGUAGACUACUCUUCGACAUUUGGUAUGACCUUUGGAGGUGGAGGGGCACGCAGGGAGAGGGAACGUUUCCGUGACAUGAGAAGAAAGAGCGCUUCUUUCUUUCUCUCAUCUGAGGAGGACAUCCAGGGAGAGGCGGGAGGGGGACUAGGGGAGGGUGGGGAAGCACUAAAUGCAAGGAUUCAGCCAUUACAGAGCUCGCAAAUGGAAAUACCAACUCCUCGACUGCGGCCCUCCAAGUCCAUUGAUGAGGGAAUGUUUUCUGGAGACAAUUAUGUCCACUACUCCAGCAGCAUGCCUCCAGCCUUUGGCCUGCCUGAGUAUUCCUCUCCUGUCCCCAGUCAAGAUGGUCAACCCAAGUCGGCGCCGUCAGUGUUUGGCUCCCAGCCAGCUACUACUUUUAUCCACCCACUCACUGGGAAGGUUCUAGAUCCCUCGUCUCCACUUGGACUCGCACUCGCUGCAAGGGAGAGAGCCCUCAAAGAUGACCGCAGAACUCGACGAGAAGAGAGACACUUUGGUCGACAGCUGUCUACAGCAGGAGCAUUUACCACCCCCACCCAGACACCAACACCCUCGCUUUUUGCAAGCCCAACACAAUCUACGUACACGUCACCAGUUUCCCUUCACCUGACCUCCCCCACCACGACCACCUCGCCCGCAUCUCAGAGUCGCCCUCAGUCACCAAGGAUCUUGCGUAUGGGGGGUGGAGGGGAGAAGAUGGAGCGAGACAAGGAUAUAGGGCAUAGAGAAGGUCUGAGAGUUCGUUUCUCGGAGGACAGGAACAGCCAAUUUUCAAGCCAGUCUAGCUCUCAAAACCCCAGGGAGAGACAAAAGGAGGCUCAUGACCACAGACCGGGUCCCCAUGUACAGCCUCCACCACCCCCUGCUCAGCCUGCCCCUUGUAGGCCUUCCUUUCUGCAGAUGGAAAGCAUUCCUAACACCAGCUACAUCCCUCAGUACAAUGUCCCCACAGCACCUGAUGCGAUGGGAGAAGCAGAAGCAGAAAAUCUGGGAAUGAUGGUUCUGCCUCCACCAGCUCCCUCAAUAGACAUAGAUGAAGAGUUUGUCUUUGCAGACCCUCUGCCACCGCCGUUACAGUUCGCCAACGGCAAGAAUGAAAGAGUGAAGGACUAUCACCAGCACUACCAACAUGCCAAUCAACGAUCAUCUGCUCCACUGCCGCCUCCUCUACCAUCUCCCAAGAAUCCGAGCGUUCCUCAGACCUCUUCACAGGGCGGCGAUUCUGCUGCCUCUAGCCUUACCUCCUACGACAGUGAAGUGGCGACACUGACCCAGUCCGCUCUUUCACCAUCCUUACCAUCCCCUGCUCUCCCUGCCACCAACCUACACAGACCCGAGCCGAUAUCACAUUCCCAGCCAUAUUACGCCAACGACCCAUUGGUGGGGCGUGACGCCACUGCUCACGACAGAGGCACAGCCGCCCUCAGCACCACGAUGACGUAUGCCACCACUACUAUGACAGCUAGCGCGGCCGCCACAACCACCACGACCUCUACAGCGUCAGACUACAGCACAACUGUGGGAGGACCCAAAGCCGGCUUCAGCACAGGAGGCAGAGCUGCUAACCACAUUCACCACCCCACUAAUGUACCCAAGAGUGGAGAAUGGCAAGAUCCGGUGGUAGAUUCUGGGAUUGAGGAGCUGGACAGCCACAGCAGCAGUGACCAUCAUAUCGAAAUGUUGGGAUUGACUGGUCCAAGAGGGGAGAGGAGUGGCAUCGGGGGAAAUGGAGCUUGCGGUGAAGGCCGAAAAGUGGGUGCACCUCAGGAUCCUUCUUCAGCUUACACGGGUGCGCAAAUGUUUGAAGUACAGAACACCAAAUUGGCAAACCCUGCUUUUCCAAAGAUGACUCAUUAUAAGGAGGGAGGGGGGAGGGUGCUGCCUGUUGCACUCCGAAGGCAAAACAGCACCAACCCUGCACCUCUGCAAUUGCACAGACAAAACAUCCCAGACAAUAUCAGGAUCGAUGUAGCCCUGCCCGACGAAAGGAGACUUGUGCAAAAUAGACCUAAAAUGGAGGACGACUUUAGCGCUACAUUGGCAGCCUGCUUAGACAGGCCCAUUGAUACUCGCUCGACAGGCUGGGGGGAGGUCAGGGAACACGAGCAGCUCCAGAGAGCCGACGUGGUUCUGGAUGCACGCAGGCUGCACUCGCCUCUCUCGGGUGUGAAGGCCAGCAUCAUCAAUGAGCUGAGUUCCAAGCUUCACCAGAUGAGUAACAUGAGGAGCAUGGACGACUGGGUCCACACCCCAAAAUCACCCACCAUAGACAGGUAUUCCGCAGAUUUUUCAGACGCAUUUCACAGCCCCCCAACUGGCCGCUCCACUUCUCCCUUGCCCACCUCAUCCCCUCAACACCAUCAAGUACUCCCAUCGAAUCUGUCUGCCAAGCCCUCCGUAUCCCCUUCCCCGCAGGUACCAGGACAACGCAACUGGACCCGUUCCCCCUCUCCGCAGAUGCCACCUUCCCCGGUCCACUCUCACCCUCCCCACUCGCCAACCUACUGCCCGUACCCGACGUCGCCGAAGCAUCGGUCCAAGAUGCGGCGGCAGACUUUCGAUUUCCAGUGCAGUCCCACUAAGGAGAUGCGAUCCUCCGUUUCCCGACGCCGCGCCCCCAGCCCUCUCAUCUAUAACAGCGAGCAGCCCAACCCCGCCCCGCCGCGACCAUCUUCCCUGCCAAUUCUUCCCAGUACACCAGUCUACAGUAACCCCUUUGAAUUCCCAGGCCCCCUCACCCCUCCUUCUCCCGGCCUCCCCUUAGGAGACGCCUACACGGCCGCAACACCGCCGCUUUUCUCCCCGUCUGGUGUGCCGAGUCCGAACCCGCUGCUCGUAUCCCGCUCUCUGUCCCCCACCCAUUAUCUCUCCGGAGCCUCCUCCCCGUUGCAUUUGCCCCCAAGCCCUUCCUGCCUCAACUACCCCCACCUUACCCCACCUCCGCCGGCCAAACCCUUCGCUAUCAAGCCACUGCCCUACUGGACCAAGUACGACGUGGCCGACUGGUUGGCUUACCUGAACCUGGCCGAACACAUAGAGCGCUUUAUCGACAAUGAAAUAGACGGAUCUCAUUUACCUUCGCUUACCAAGGAUGACUUCUCGGACCUGGGGGUAACUCGCGUGGGGCAUCGAAUGAACAUCGAGAGGGCGCUGAAGAAACUCACUGACAGGCCUUUGCAUGCUACAACUUCCCCCAGAGAGACAGAUUGAGAGUAUUGUGGUGAUUUGAACGAUGACAAAAAAAAAUGAGAGAGAAACGCAUGACUUGACAAAAGGAACAUUAACAGAAGAUGUGGAAGAGGAGAACAGUGGACUUCAGCACCCUUUUGUCAGGCUGGUGAUGUUGGAAUCUGAUUUGUAUAUUAAUUAACGCACUGGUUCAAACCACAGUGAUGAAAUGAAAUAUACAGUGAAACCCCGUUUAUCGCAGGGGACACGUUCCAGAACCGUCCGCGAUUUCAAGAGACUGUAGAAAUUUUUACAAAUCUUGUUUUAUCCCUUCUUUGUGGUUAAAACACUUUAAGUACCGUAAUUCACAGUCUACAGACGGCUCCUGUUUAUAAGCCUCACCCAGUGCAUUUGUAAAGGAAAUAGCAUUUGGUACAUACAUAAGCCACAGCCGUGGAAAAGCUGCAAGCGCCCACACUGAAACACUAGAUUAUUUACAAAGACGCUACACAGAGAGUUUAAUUCUAGUGCUGCCGCGCUAAUGCUAGCGCCGCCGCGCACGCUAAUGCGACCGCCGCCACGCUAACAGGGCCGGUUAAAAAAAAAAACCACACUGGUAAAAAUCACUGAGAUGCGGCAAUAACACGCUAGUGCAAUGCUAAAAGGGCAUGACCGGUAAAAGUCACUUCCUUGACACAUAUAUUCCAUGGGUCUCACAUCACUUUUACUGCGAUAUAGUGGGGGAUUCACUGUAUAUCACAAAAGACAAACUUUCUUAACAGGGAGUGGAACACGCGCACGCGCUAGGCCAGCUGGAUUCUCGCACCAUCUGCCGCCGACGCUGAGUAAACACCAGUCUGACUUUAUAAAAGUGCUUAAAAGGUAAACACCACUAAAACGUUGCCAGAAACACAAGGACCUCAUUGUGACGUCACUUUGUUGCAUCACAUGACCAAAGUCAGAUGACGACAAGAGGAGAAUUUUUUUUCUUUUUUUGUAGAUUAUGAAGAUAUUAGAAUAAUAGUAUUUGUUAUCCUUUUGCCAUACCCCCCUCUGAAAAAUCCAUUAAGCUUUGUAUGUGUGUUACUUGGAAGCACUCAAUAUAUUAAUACAUACUAAACAGGAUUCACUAUUAGCCAUUUUUAGGUUUUUAUUAGGAGCAAACUCAUUUUCAAAUCACUCCAAGUAGUCAUGCUAGGGGGGGAUACGUGGAUAUGUGGAAGAAAAGAUGCUUUCAUUUAUUCAGUGGCAAGGAGUGUUAGGGCCACGCUGAAGAGUUAUGAGAAAAGUUGUCAUGUAAUGAGAAUGAAGUCAUUAUGUCGGGAGAGGAAAGAAAAAAGUCGGAACAUUAACGAGAAACACGUCAGACGUUUUAACGACUGAACGCGAAAAUUCCCACACUGACGCAACAGCCGCUGCCUGCUAUAUAUUUAGUGAGUAAUGUGACUUUAAUGUUCAUAAUAGUAUGAGUUUUCUCAUAUUUUUAAUUGUACUGUAUUAUUGUAAUAGGUUUUCCCCUCAUUUUGUAAUGUUUCAACUUUAUGAAGAUAUUGCAAUGUUUUUCCUGCAAUAUUUUGACAUUAUCUUUAGAUACUUAGCUUAAUCUCAAAAUAUUAAAACAUUCUCGAAAUAAUGCAGUCUUCCGUUUGACUAUAAUAUUUUAGCUAAUAUCAGAAGAGAAACGUUAAAACAUUACCAACAUUUGAUUUUGUUGAAUACUCUGACUUUAUUCUCACACUAUUUCGACUCGUUGUACUGGUAUAUAUUUUUUCAGUGUAGCCCUAAUACUCCAUAGGUUCUAUUCACAAUUCUGUUGUUUUAUUUUCACGUUUUUCUUUUUCGUGACACUUUUGAGAGAGUGCAAAAACAUUUUCGUAAGUCUUUUACUGGUGCCAUAACAGACGUCAAGGGGGGGUGGAUUCAUCAGCCAUAAUGUUAAACUGUAGGUGCCAUGAUCACAAAAGGGCUUUUUACUGGUUCACCUCCUGACCUUUGACCUCUUUUCAAUCCGUAUGUCUGCUUUUGUGCGAGUCGACGGCUUCAUAUCAAUGUUUUAUUUUUUUGCUGCUACUUAUCGACAAUCUUGUUCCGCGAAAUCUGGCCGCUUUACGAAAAUUUGUCCCGAGAAAAUGUGAAGUCGUAGAGAGUAGCCUAUGUCAGCGGUUCUCAAUUUGGGGUCCCCGAGGUUCAUCUUGGGAUACAGCAAAUCAUAGUGUGGGUAUUAAAAGUCUACACCCCCCUGUUCAAAUGCAAGGUUUUAUACCAAUAAUGUGUCCUUUAAUCUGUAUAAGUAAGCCGGGAGGUCUUUUUAAUAUCAUAAUGACUUAAUGAUUAUGAGGGGUCCAUGGAAAAAUGUCUCCCUGACGCCCCAAAGUUUGAUAUGUUACGACUUCACCUUGGAAUUUAAAGUUAGAGUCACCAUUUUGAAGAAUCUCUGUCUUCCGAAUAGCGUGGUCGCGUGUAGUUCUCUGUGGAGAUUUGUGUCGAAGCUUUCUAUUCUACCGCUCACUCCCCCCAACCCCCCCGUGAUGACCUUAGUGAAGCUGACACGUUAUUUAACGCAUAUUCUCGCCAUGUGAGUAACAAAACCAUGACUCAUGUAUUCUUUCACGCUGAGUCGCCUCAGUGCUAUCGUGCGACGGACGUGAAAAGGACUUGAGCCGUUAGUGUAGGAAGCACUGCAUACUACAUGAUUUAUAAAGUAUUUUAGGUCUAGUGAAAUGUAUAAUGAAUAUGACCACCUACAAUGAGUGUAAGUACAGUAUGCAGAGUUUAACAAAGUAUAUUAUGAAUAUAAAGUUUUGUUUUAAAUGCGAUAGAAGUACAACUGUGUUGAAAUAAAUACUGAAAUGAUCA